AUGGCUUCCAAUCACCCUCUACCGACUUCGCCAGGACAGCAGAAACCUGGACGAGAGCGAGCAAAGUCAAGCUUCAGUUUCCAUUCACAUAAGAGCAGCGGGAGUAACAAUAAGAUCGAUUUGCACGAAACACACCAAGAGAAAGAUUCUAAGAGAAUCCAUUCAAAAGCUGAUCCAUCUAUGGCACUCGCAGAAGCCGAGCCAUCUGCGGUUGCAAAUAGUGUACAAACUUCAUUGCUACCUAUUCGAUCCAUUCAACACCGAGAUGCACAAGGCAAUCCCAUCGCCGAUCCUGAUCGAUCGAAUCCUACACGCAGUCGGUGGGAGAGACCUCUUGAUACUAUCCGCGCCUUUGAGGCAGCCAUAGAUGGCAACUACUCGCGAAAAUCAGACAUUCAGACGGAUUCUGCGGAUACAGCCUCAGUGUACAAUCGUCGGAGCAGUUACUAUGGAGGUACCCAAGUAACCCAGAACGAAAGACCUCAAUAUCCUCAGAACAGUUACUAUGGACGUUCACAGUCUUACAGGCCCGAAAGUACCUAUAACGAUAGGCACAAUGGGGUGGCUAGAUCAGAAAGUCAUUACAAUGGUGGGGACAAUGCGACAGGACCAAGCAAUGGAUACCAUCCUAACAGGGCUCGAUACCCUAGAACAGCUUCCGAGCCCCAUUUUAAUAAUGGCCAGGGAGGAGUUUAUCCCGCGCCUGGAAAUCAGCCAUCGUACGAGACAGUGACCACAGCUUCAGGAAGUGGUGGUAGCUCAGCAGACCCGGCAGGAUACAUGACCGAUCCGAGCAGCGAGAAUAGCUCGAUGGAUCGAGUUGCGCCUCUUCCACACAAAGAUGUUGAGACUUAUGGAUUUAAUGGAUUUGGAAACACACCGCAAUAUGCAUCUCCUGGGUCCGGUUUAGACCAGCGGCAAGGUCCAACUGGUGCUGCUCGACAAGGGAAUGGAUAUCAGCACCAAGGGCCGCCUCCACCUAGUAAAGAAGGUAUCGCACCAAGAGCACCAAUAAAACUUGGUGAAUCAAAUGGAAAUGCUACACCACAACCAGCUGAGAUACCCGCAGCUGCAAACGAGAAGCGCAAAUCGUGGUUUGGAAGGAAAUUUGGGAAAUAA